CUGGAACACCCGAAGAACAACUUUCGGCAUGAACUCAGAGCUGACAAAGAGGACAGUUUAAAGGAUCUCUGUGCCCAAAAGAGCCAAAGCUAUUUAUAUUCUCUUUCUGCGCAAAGCAGUCAAUACAGCUCCAGGCACAGAGGCUCAUCUUCAGCUGGACUGCAGAGCAAGUAUGUCACCAGCCAGACCAAGACUCUGACUGUUCAAUCAGUAGCCAGGCAGAAAGGAGGAAUGGACCUUGCAUAUCCCCUGAAAACAAUUUUUCACCACUAGGAUGAGAGUGUUCCAGUGGUAGACUCAGCACUUCGAAGUGCCCCAUACACGGAGGAAGCUUCAAAUAGCAGGCCCAGCUCAAUGAGCAAAGGGAGGGCUCCAGCAGCAAGGCCUCCACUAACUGUGGUGAUCUGUCCUUGGACAUCAGAGCCUCAACAGUCAGCUCCCCAUCUCCACAGGAGAGAGCUGGCCUCCAUCCCAAAGUUGGAGGCAGCUGCAUGGAGCAUGGAAAAGGAAAUUCGAAAGCAAGAGGCCCUCCUCAGAGAGAAGCUGAGGAGAACAUGUGAGGUGCUUAGGAGGAUUCAAAGAGAGAAGCAGCUUGCCGAGGCUGAGGAGAGAAGAGACAGGGAAGCGGAGAGGACCCACGAGCAAAAGGCCGCGAGGCACCCUGAAGAGAAAACUCCCACCAGAGCUGCAGUCAGGCCAGGAGAUGGGCUCUUCAGUGGGGCGCAGGCUGCAGAGGCCACUCUCCCCAAGCCUGGCCCCACCCUCCACCCGCCAGAGCUGGCAAUGGGGAAACUCAAGAAGGAGCAGCCGGUGGCCAGCAACAGCCAAAUUCAAGACCGCAGACCCAUGGAGGGUUUAGCCUCUUGUUCAGAGCUGGCCCCAAAACGUAGCCCUUCUCCCAUUGUCCUCUCAGACCGAGGUGCUGGUGACCGCCAGUCCACAGAGGGGCUGUACGUGCAGGCUGCCAGUGCUGUGGAGCAGGACGGGCUCGGACAGUGCAGCUUCUGUGGACGCAAGUUUCUCUGCGUCAGGCUUGAGAAGCACAUGAGUAUCUGCCAGAAGAGCCAACUCUCCAGCAGGAAAGUGUUUGACUCCAGCAAGGCCAGAGCGAGGGGCACAGAACUGGAACAGUAUCAGCAGCGGAACUGCCCAGAGCCACCUGAGAAGAAACUACCCAGAAGGAACAACUGGAGACAGGAACACAAGGUUCUCAUCCAGACUCAGCACCAGGCCUGCCAGAUGCAGCAAGUCCUCUCUAAGGGAAGGAAAGCGUCGGACCUGGCCCCGUUGCCCCCUAUUGCAAACCCAGACUAUGUUGGCUGCCCCUACUGCAUGCGGCGCUUUGCUCCCCAGGUAGCUGAGAGACAUAUUCCCAAAUGCCAAACCAUCAAGAGCAGGACCCCGUCCCCACGAGAGGAGGUGUUGCUGAGGUGGUGUCCAACUGUACCUGCCGCUGCGAUUCCCUGCCACCAUGGCUUCUGCCAGGGUUCCUGA